UAAGAAGUGAAUUUACGAUUCCAACCCUUGUACUGAUUUUUUCGCCACACAAAUAUAUUCCCUCCCUCCCUCUCUCUUCCAUUCACACACUCUCACUCUCUCUCUCUCUCGUUAAUCAUUUCUCGUUUCUCUGAACAAAGUCAGAAAGGAAAAACAAAACCCUAGGCUUUGACGAUGGGUCAGAUCCAGUACUCGGAGAAGUAUUUCGAUGACACUUACGAGUAUAGGCAUGUGGUGCUGCCUCCCGAAGUUGCUAAGCUGCUUCCAAAGAAUCGACUUCUCUCUGAAAACGAGUGGCGUGCAAUUGGUGUUCAACAGAGCCGUGGUUGGGUUCAUUAUGCGAUUCACCGCCCCGAGCCACACAUCAUGCUUUUCAGGAGGCCAUUGGAUUAUCAGCACCAGCAGGAAAGCCAGACCCAGCAAAGCAUGCUCGUCAAGUGAAUUUAGUUUCCAUUGAAAAUCUGAAAAUGAUGAUUACAAACAAAUUUAUAUAGGUUUUUAUAUAGUCUGUUUUAACAUGGCUGUGUGGGGAUUCUCUUCUGUGGAGAAUCUGAAUUUGAUUGAAUGUGGUUUUUUUAGACUUUCAGUUGUCAAUUUGAAUGUCCUUAAACUUUGCUGUUUCUUAGGGAUAUGUUGGUGUACCUCACCUCUCGUGUACUCGUAUGCAUGCUGGACUUAAUGAUAUUCACGGGGCUACCUUAGUGCUUACGUA